UCUCGGCAGACCAUGCAGGUGCUCUUUGAAGUCAUAGGAAGGAGAAUAAAUCAGCCUGCAAAUAUAAAGAUACCUCUUGAGAAAAAAGUCCUUUUUACAGUUUGGAUGUUGAGCAAACCAGAAACAUUCUUAGCUGCUGGUGACAGAUACAAUUUUUCUCAAAGUACUGCUCAUAGAACAUUCUAUGAGAUAGUGGAUGUCAUUGCAGCUGCAGUAGAUGAUCAUAUCAAAUGGUCAACACCCUUGCAGCAACAAAAGUCAUCUGAGGUAUUUAAAGCUCGUUCCGGAGGGUUUAAUGGCAUAAUAGGUGCAAUUGACGGAUGCCAUAUACAAAUUAAAAAACCUGCGGGCAACGACCACGACUACUAUAACAGGAAACAGGUACAUUCUGUAAUACUGCAGGGAAUUUGCAAUGAAAAUUGCAAAUUCAUCAAUAUUUCGACCGGCUACCCAGGUAGAAUGCAUGAUGCCAGGGUGUUCGGGCUUAGUCCGAUUGGACAAGAGCUACAGGACAAUAAUCAGAGAAUGAUAGCUCCUGAACACCACCUAAUAGGUGAUGCAGCCUACAGACUCACCCCUUAUCUUCUCACACCUUACCGCGAUACUGGUCACUUGACCGAAAGGCAAUCAAACUACAAUAAGAAAUUGUCCUCGGUCAGAUCAGUGAUUGAAAGAAGUUUUGGGAGAUUAAAAGGUAAGUUUCGUAGGUUGAAAUUGUUGGAGCUAACCAACCUGCAGUUUGUUUCACAAACAAUAAUGGCAUCUUGUGUUCUCCAUAACUUGAUCAUAGAGAAUGAAGGAUUAAGUGAUGAGGAAGAACACUCUGAUGAUGAAGACAAUCUCCCGCAACAGUAUGAGGUUGAACGUCAUGUCAAUGAACGGGGUAAUAACAAAAGAAAUCAAAUAGCGGCAACAUUGCCCUUAUAGGUUAGUAAACAUGAUUGUAACGGGUGUUUCACCACGGACACAGCACAAAGUUUAAGAAGCUAGUAGUAAUAUAUAGGUGAUCUAAUUGAGGCAUUUUAUAAUAAGACUUUAUUUAGUUAUUCUUAGAUAUUUUAUUAAAAUUGAUAUAAGUACUGUAUAAUUAUUUUGAAUUGUGCAAUAAAUAAUUACUGUAUAUACAAUUAGAACUAUAAUUGAUAAAAUAUAACCAUAUUAUAUUGAUUUAAUGAUUGUGCUAAGUGUAAGAAAUUUAGUGUAAUAAAUGUGUUUAUUUUAUAAGAAUUCCAUUUGCAGUGCAAUAAAUUUUGUCAUUCAAUUUCGAGUUGUGCCCCUCAUAGGAAACCCGUUAUAAUUCACUACCACUCAAAAACAUUAUUGCUUUCCAUUAUUAUAUUGUAUAAAUAGUAUAUAAUUUAAAUAUUUCAUUAUUCAGUAAGUCUAUGCAUUUUUAUGAUUGGUUUAUUGAAAUUGGUAUAGUAUCAUUAACAUGUAUUUGCCAAUAAUAAUCACUUUGCAUAAAAUUAGGAAAAAUAGAACCAUAUUAUAUUGAUUUUAGGAAACUUUCAAUCUUUUGAAUGUGCUAAGAGUAAGAAAUUUAGUGUAAUAAAUGUGUUCAUUCCAUAACAAUUCCAUUUGUGUUCAAUAAAUUUUGUCAUUCAACUACUUUGGACAAUAAUAAUUACUGAACAUGAAAUUAAAGAUAAUAAAACAAGAUAUAUUCAGUAUUUUAUUAAUUUAGUUUAUUUUCAUUUUUGUGGAAACCUAACCUACUCUUACUUUAACUAAUUUUUUCCAAAGCUUUUUUCAUUAUAUCAUUUUUUUCAAUGUUGAUAUUUACAUUUAAUUUUAAUAACUCAAGCUUUUGUUUUUCAAUUAUAUUUGAAUCUUUGAUGGCCUGUU